CAACAACACAUACAUCAUCACAAAAAUAUCUAUCCUCUGCCUCUGAAAACUUCGCAAUUACUUAAAGCACAUACAAUUUAAGUAGUAUUUAAAGUAUUAGACAUAAAGUAAUUAUUUUACGACACUUAAAAAUAUUAUAUCGAGAGGACAUUUACAGUUAGUUCUUAUGGUGUGAAGGUGUGAUACUAAAGCCUCUCAAGUGGGUUGAAAUUGAAAGCUCAAGAGAUAAUGGAAAACCUUUAUACUGCGCUUAGUGCUGUUAAAACUCUGCGAUCCAGUGUUGGCCAAGUGUUCAGCAGUCUUUCCAAUGGUUUGCGGGCUGAUCAUGGAGAAGACGGCAAAGAAAAUAAGUUUUUGUUGGAACUUCAAGAUCUUUUGUCAUCUGUUAAUAACCAUCUUAGGGAUGUAGAACAAGCAGUGAAUGGUCUAUCACAACCGCCCGGUCCCUUUAGUCUGGGUAAUACCAGCUUCCUCAGCCAGGAAUGUACCCAUGAUCGUCUGGCUUUAUACAGCCAACUGGUUCUAAGCUACAAGUGGACGGAUAAGCUUCACGAGUACAGCAGUUUGGCCACGCAGUUGUUGAACCAGAACUCUCUGAAGCGAUCAUACACAGGAGCUAAUAGCAGCAAGAGACGACGCACACCCACGAGUGCGCAUAACGUUCCUAUACAAGCUGUGGAAACGCUGAUUGCCGCAAUCGACCGACAGUACCAGGACAUGAACAUCAGCAUCUGUCGGGAGUUCCGCAACAGUCCCGUGGGGCCGACACAAGUGACUUGUGCUGAGGUGCGGUUGACCCAGCAGAGCAUCAGCAGGGACUACCAGGCAAUGCAUGACAACGGCAUACCUCAGGUGGUGAUUGUACAAGUGACCCUUGGCAGGGUGCUGCAAGCAUUGUUGACUCUAAAGGGAAUGAUGAUAGAAUGGGUCAACGUGAAGGGGUUUGGUGAAACUCUGGAGCUGUGGUCCGAGUCUCGGCACAAGGUUUUCCGCAAACUGACUGAAAACACACAUGCAGCUAUGUUACAUUUCUACUCUCCAAAUGUGCCUGAAUUUGGAGUGAGGUCAUUCAUUACAUGGCUUCACAGUUACAACAACUUAUUCAGUGAGCCGUGCAAGCGUUGUGGUAACUACCUCCAAAGCUCCCUUCCUCCUACCUGUCGAGACCUGCGUACGCUGGAGCCGUACCAUGAAGAGUGUAGGCCUUGAUCCAACGAUUUCUCAACAUGAGAUCUUUGUAAAGUCUUUUUUACCAUCUCUUAAAAAAUAUCUUUGCAGACAAAUGUGUUUCAAAGUGAAAAUGUGUGGGAAAAGGUCAUGGGACUUAUCAGCUGUGUAACCGUUGCUGUGUAUGUAUGAUCAUUAUGAACUUUUAUCCAUAGUUAUAGUCGGAUAAAGUUUUUUAUACGGUUUCUUAAAUAUCUUUGCAGACAAAUGUUUUUGAAAGCGAAACUGUGUUUGGAUGGGACUUUUCAGCUGUGUAGCCUUUAUUGUGUAAACAAACAUUGUAAACUUUUAUCCAUUGGUUAUCGUCUGAAUUUUGUAAAGGAACACUGUACUCCCUAGGUUGUAAACUAUGACAAAACAUUAAUGUUGUGUUUUGUAUCUCAUAGAUUUUAUGGUGCAUCGGUUGAACAGUGAGCUUACCUUACUGGAAAAA